AUGAAAAAAGAUGGCAGCCCCCAUGGAAAAUGAUUUACUCAAUGUAAAACCCAAACGAAAAACCAGCAACAAGCUUAUUAAAAAAUUAAAUAAGAUAGAAAAGACCUUGAUUUCAAAAGAAAAUAUUCGAAUUUCACAUGAACCUUCUAAGAUUCUUGUAGUACAAAAUGGUGGUAUAGGAAAUAAUGUGGGCCAAAGUGAACUGUUACCACUGUUUACACAAUAUGGAGAGGUUGAAAAUAUUGUAAUGGUUCCAAAAAAGCAAUUCUGUUUUGUUUGUUUCUCAUCUCAAAAUACUGCAUCCCAAGUAUUAAAUGAACUAAAUGGAUAUCUUUUAAGAAAAGGAUCUGAUCCGACACAAGAUGUUGUUCUAUAUUUUCUUUACACUGACAAAGUUCCAGUGAAUAUAAUGAUGACUAAUAAAAUGCCUCCGGGUCUUAUCCUUAAAGAAGAGUUUAUUACCCCAGCAGAAGAGGAAGAACUUUUAAAGCUGAUGAACAUGGAAGAAACGACUGAAAAAGGUGUGAUGAAACACAGGCAGGUGAAGCAUUAUGGGUUUGAGUUCAAGUAUGGAUUGAACGAUGUGGACGUAACAGAACCACUGCCUUGUGGGAUCCCAGAGAUCUGCCAUGGGUUCCUGAAUAAGGCCAUUGAUCUUGGAUUAGUAAAACAUUUCCCAGAUCAGCUGACAGUAAACCAGUACAAGCCAGGCCAAGGAAUACCUCCUCAUGUGGACACAGUUGAAGCUUUUGAAGAUGGUAUUAUGUCACUGAGUCUGGGAUCUCAAGUGGUUAUGGACUUCCGCCACCCUGAUGGUGAACACCUGCAUGUUCUGUUACCUCGUCGCAGCCUGCUAGUCAUGACUGGAGAAUCCAGGUACGUCUGGUCUCAUGGGAUCACGCCUAGGAAAUCUGAUGUGGUAGAAACUUCUAGCAAAGAUGGAGUCACUCUUCUCACUAGAGAUGUUAGAACUUCAUUAACGUUUAGAAAAGUUGUGAUGAACAGAGAAGAAAGACGAUCAAAUAGUAAAAUAGUGGACCCAGAUUCAAAGGUUGUCCCCCAAACUGAAAAUGAAGCUAUUGAACUGGAGCAUCAGCAUGUUCAUAAGGUGUAUGAUGACAUAGCUGAUCACUUUAGUGGUACACGCUAUAAACCAUGGCCCAGGGUAGUGGAGUUUAUCAUGGCCCAGCCACCACUCUCACUCCUGGUUGAUGUAGGAUGUGGCAAUGGAAAAUGUUUAGGGUUGAAUAAAUCCCUUUAUGAGAUCGGUGGUGACUACAGUAGCAAGCUUGUUUCUAUUUGUAGAAGUCGUGGGUUUGAAUCUUGUAUUUCUGAUGUUACCUGUUUACCAUUCCGCACUAAUGCAUUUGAUGUGGUACUGUGCAUUGCUGUCAUUCACCAUAUGGCAACAGUGGAAAGAAGGCACCAAGCAGUUGCUGAAAUAGUCAGAAUACUCCAACCUGGAGGAAAAGCUCUUAUUUAUGUGUGGGCCAUGGAGCAGCAAUGUAACAAUAAACAGUCCAAGUACAUCAGCAAGAAAAAACAAGCUAAAAAAGGGAAACUUGAAGACAUAACAAAAGAUCCAUCAGAGAAAGAGCAGAAUUUGACAGCAGAGACAUGCAAGAUGGAAGGAGAUGGCUUUGCUUCAACUAUUGGACAAUGUAUUGAGAAGACAACUGCUCAACCAGGUUCUCAAGGUGACAACACAACAACAGAGGUUGAUAAAAACUGUUUGGUUGAACAGUCUCAAGAUACAAGCAGCAGUGACACUGUAAAACAAACAAAAACUCUAUCCAUCCAUGUCAACAGAACUGAAUUUAAAGAACAAGAUCUUUUAGUUCCAUGGCAGUUAAAAAAUGAACAUAGUGUUAAUGAGUCGCCUGUGGAGGGAAAGAACAUUUUUCACAGAUUUUAUCAUGUAUUCAAACAGGGUGAGCUGGAACAGAUUUGCACAAAUGUAUCAGGCUGUAGAGUAAGAGACAGCUACUAUGAUCAGGGCAAUUGGUGUGUGGUUGUUGAAAAGUUAUAAAGCAAUAAAAGUCACUGUUGAAAUUCGAGUUUUUUAAAUU